UUCGACUCGAUCCGGGCGGCCCCGACCCGUCAAGCCGCGCCGGAGAUCGAGGAGGGCUCGCCUGAGGCCCACCAGGCCCCGCGGUGACCGGCAAUUCCGCCGCCAAGGAGGUGCGGAGGUGCGUCCCCGCGCCCGCCCGCGCUCCCUCCCUCCCGCUCUACUCCGCUCCAGGGAAGGGAAAGAGCGCAUCUUGGAGGGACGAUUUGUCCGUUCGUCUUCGUCCCGCUGCUGGUGCGGUGGGUUGGCUCGCUUGCUCUGCUCCGCUCAGCUCAGCUCAGCUCAGCUCACGGGGCCGGAUUUGGUUUGGCGGUGUGGGUGCGGUUGGGGCGUGAAUUAAAAAAGGGCGAGGAGGGGGAGUGGUUAGUUCUUCCCUUGGCCGCUUGCAACGGGAGCGCUGCUUCGUUGGCUCGCUCGUGCCAUUAAAGGCGUCUCCUUCCUCCCUCCGCCCCCCUCUCUCUCCCCCCCGUCGCCCGGUGGUUGGGUUCUUGGAAGAUCUGCGGCGGUUCUUGCCAGGGGUUUGCGCAGAUUUGACGAAUCUGGAAGGAGGAAGAAGAGGACGGGGGCAGGCUCUGAUUCGCCGUGGUAUUUAUGUGCCAUGAGGAAGCUCUUCUUCUCCGAGUUGACCUCCUGCAAGGAGACCAAGCUCCAAUCAGCCACCCAUUCAUGGCUGCCCAUGGACAAAGGCAAGCUCUCCAAGUUCACUGGCCACUCCAGCUCCUCCUCCUCGAUAGAAUGUCUGAUGAAAAUGCCAGAGCCGCCGGUCCUCCCGCACUUCAAGCCCGCUGACUACGUUGACAUACUGGCUCAGAUUCACGAGGAGCUGGAGUACUGCCCUCACGAUGAGAAGUCGUGCCUGUACCUGCUCCAGUUCCAGGUCUUCCGUGGGCUUGGCGAGGCCAAGCUGUCGCGAAGGAGCCUCCAGGCUGCGUGGGAGAAGGCGAGCACGAUACAUGAGAAGCUCAUAUUCGGGGCAUGGCUCAAGUACGAGAAGAGAGGGGAGGAGCCGAUAUCUGACCUUCUUGGCUCGUGCGGCAAGUGCUCUCAAGAGUUCAAGCUGCUGGACUUCGUCUCGCAGAUCUCCGCCGAGUCGCAUGGGAUAGGCUUUGACGACGAAUCUGAUGAAUUCCAGGGCUCCCCGGUGGUUCAUUUCAGGAUAAGAGAUGACAUGAUUGCUUGCGAUAGGCGGAAGCUUGCGGCCUUGUCAACUCCACUGUAUGCGAUGCUUAAUGGUGGGUUUAAGGAAUCACAUCUUGAGGUCAUUGACAUGUCUCGGAAUGGCAUCUCCCCUAUUGGCAUGCGGGCCAUCAGUAAAUUCAGCCUGUCAGGAAGACUACCGUAUUUGUCAGCAGAAGCUAUCUUGGAGAUGCUUGAUUUUGCUAACAAAUUCUGCUGUAAGGGCCUCAAGGAUGCUUGCGAGCAAAAGCUUGCUUCUUUUGUUUCUUCCAGGCAAGAUGCUAUAGAUUUCAUGGAAUGUGCUAUUGAGUUGGGCUGUUCCAUCCUUGCCGCGUCAUGCUUGCAGGUGCUCUUGAACGAGCUUCCAGAAUGCUUGAAUGAUGAGCAAGUGGUUAGGAUAUUCUCCUCUGCGAAUAAGCAGCAGAGAUCCACUAUGGCUGGCAAUGCAUCUUUCUCCCUAUAUUGCCUUCUUGGUGAAGUCUCCAUGAGCAUCAGUGCAAUAUCAGAUGUGACUGUAAGCUUCUUGGAGAAGCUGGUUGACUCAGCAUCAGAUUCUAGGCAGAAGCAAUUGUCCUUGCAUCAAUUGGCUUGCGUCAGGUUGCUACGGAAAGAUCAUGCUGAAGCUGAGCGCCUGUUCAAUGCCGCCUUUACCGCUGGUCAUGUCUACUCGGUAGUGGGAUUGGCUAGAUUGGCCUCUCUGAGGAGUAAUAAACAUUAUUCUCUCAACUUGCUUGACUCUGUCAUGUCAUCUCGUUGGCCUCUUGGGUGGAUGUAUCAAGAGAGAGCCCUAUAUCUGGACGGUGAUAGCAAGCUGGAGAAUCUCAAUAAGGCUACUGAACUGGACCCUACCCUUACAUACCCCUAUAUGUUUCGAGCUGCAUCUUUGAUGAAAAGGCAAAGUGUUGAAGCAGCCCUGAUGGAGAUUAACCGGAUCCUGGGAUUCAAGCUGGUCCUGGAAUGCUUGGAGCUAAGGUUCUGUUGCUACCUUGCUCUAGAGGAUUACAGAGCUGCCUUAUGCGAUGUACAGGCAAUCCUCACGCUUGCUCCAGAUUAUCGUAUGAUUGGUGGUCGGGUGGCUGCGAAGCAGCUGCGUACCCUUGUGAUGGAGAAUGUAGAGCAAUGGACGACUGCUGAUUGCUGGAUGCAGCUUUAUGAUCGGUGGUCCUCUGUGGAUGAUAUUGGAUCUCUCUCGGUCAUAUAUCAAAUGCUGGAGUCAGAUGCUGCUAAAGGAGUACUGUACUUCAGACAAUCUUUGCUACUUCUCAGAUUAAAUUGUCCUGAGGCAGCAAUGCGCAGCUUGCAGCUUGCUCGCGAGCAUGCAGCAAGCCAGCAUGAACGACUUGUUUAUGAAGGAUGGAUACUGUAUGAUACUGGCCACUGCGAGGAAGGAUUGCAGAAAGCGGAAGCAUCCAUUGCCAUACAGAGAUCAUUUGAGGCGUUCUUUCUAAAAGCUUAUGCUUUAGCUGAUUCGAGCCUCGAGCCGUCAACCUCAGCAACAGUCGUAUCGCUUCUUGAAGAUGCAUUACGGUGCCCCUCAGAUAGACUUAGGAAGGGCCAGGCUUUGAACAACCUUGGGAGUGUUUAUGUGGAUUGCGGGAAUCUAGACUUGGCAGCUGAAUGCUACAUUAAUGCUCUAAAGAUUGGCCACACGAGAGCUCAUCAAGGCCUCGCCAGGGUUCAUUUCCUUAGGAAUAACAGGACCGGUGCAUUCGAGGAAAUGACAAAGCUGAUAGAGAAGGCCAGGAGUAAUGCAUCAGCAUACGAGAAGAGGUCUGAGUAUUGCGACCGCGAUCUAACUAAAGCUGAUCUGCAGAUGGUCACCAAACUUGACCCCCUGCGUGUUUACCCCUACAGAUACCGUGCUGCUGUUCUGAUGGACAACCACAAGGAGAAAGAUGCGAUCUCAGAGCUGACCAAGGCAAUCGCCUUCAAGGCGGACCUGAACCUGCUCCACCUGCGUGCGGCCUUCCAUGAGCACGUGGGCGACAUCUCAGGCGCCCUCCGGGACUGCCGUGCAGCACUUUCCGUGGACCCCAACCACCAGGAGAUGCUCGAGCUUCAUCACCGGGUGAACAGCCAAGAACCCUGAGCCCGUUGUUGUACAUACAGGAGGGGCUGCCAUAGCGAAAACCCAUACCAGUGUAUGUUCUGUACCAUACACAGCAAGCAGUAAUUUUUAGUUUUGAUGGUGUCUAGUGCGGCUGUAAGGAUUGUGAUCAUCAAAACGUCUAAAAUUAAGCCACGUGCUAUAUGGAAAAUAUUACAAUUUCCACUUUUGUCACUUGGCUACACUAACUGGGCAAUAGGCUUCAGCAUGCAACAAUACACUACAUCCUGCAGAUUGAACUGAAGGCCUGGCUAUUGUGUUCUUCAGUUUUUGCACUGCUGUAAAGCUCCACUUCUUUUGUGUUAGUAGUGGAUCUGUUAUGACAUGCAAUUUGAUUUGUCCAUUGUGUUACCAUUUGCAUGUUCUGUAAACUGGUAAAUAUUAGUAUUAAUUAAUCCUCAGACUGGAGAUGUAAAGAUAGUUCAAGUAGUUGUUUUUGCGUGAUUAACUAUGGUCAGGGUCUGAAAAUUAGAUAUCGUUUCUGAUUUUCAUGGUCGGUAAACUGGUAAACGACACUACCAAUUGUUGCAUAUGAUUGAAGACUGGAAUGAUCUGCAUGAGAUGGUUACCGCUGCAUGUUAUUCCCCUGAUGGACAGGUUGCAAUGGCGGGAUCUCACAAGGGAAGUUGCCAUUUAUUUGAUACAACUGCAGUUUGCUCCAGGAAGCUCCUUCGAAGUCCUGACUACUUCUGCGGAUUGAGGAAUCCGUGUUGUUAAUGACGAUGAGUUUCUUCACAAAUUUAAAGGGGUUCAGCAAUGCUAGAAGCCAAAUCUCAGCUUCUGUAGCUGCAGAGAGGAAAUUUGUAGUCUGUGCCAGUGAGGACUCCCAUGUGUUAAUGUGUAUGUCUGGAGACAUGGCAGCAGUCCCCGUCCAAGCAGAAGCAGAAGCAAGAGUCCAUGAUGUAGCUGUCCGACUCGGAUGGCCUGGCAUCGUCUGAGGGUCGUAGCAGCAGACAGCCAGACACAGCGAUUCGGACGGUGCAGUGAACUCUGUCCCUGAAGCUCCUGUACAACAAAGACAAUGGGCAUGAACCGAAUGGGACUGCUCAGAGAUACACCGAGAGCCCAGUUUGCCAAGCUGGUUCAAAGCACAAACACUAGCAAUCAUCCAGUUGAAGCAGUGUCCCAAUCCUUGCUCGACAAACAACCACCGUCUGCCAAGAGCAGUCGUUGUCAUGGCUGCAGAGCGCCUGUCUGUGCGGGGUUUGGUAAUUGUCAUGGCAGGACGAGGAGGAAAAACCAGUGUGUUCCAGAAUUUUGGUUUUCCCGUUCGAGUGUAAAGGUAGUGUAAGAGCGCGGAGCUGUUGGUUUCUACUGUAUAGGUAUAUCUUUUAUUUCUUCACCAGUUCACCUAGAAUCUCAACUAUUUGAAAGUUCUGGGGACUGGUUAGCAUGCAUGCGUCCACCAUUCAUCAUCAUUUGAUGGUUCGUGUUACGUUUUUCUAGUUCGGUCAAAAUUUGUCGUGUUACAUAGUAUAUUACGUAAUACGUAUUUCAUUCAAGUA